AAUUAAAUUUGUGGUUUUUUGGAGAUACUUUCUUGCACCCAUCCACAAAAGCGUGUAUUUUGUGUGCUCACAGUAAAUUAGUGUAGAGAACAAAAAGCAAGUGGCCCCUAUAUAAGCAGCAGAGAAGAGGGGCAAAAGGCAGUGAAAUUCUCCUCUAUGGAGCAUCUUCUUCAUCAAGCUUCAGAGGUAUGUGCCGUAAUGCCCUGUCAACUGGACUGGUAUCAACUGAACUGUAAUGGCUGGGCAUUUUGGAGCAUAAAACACAACGAUGAGUUGCAGUACCAGCGAUCAAUUUCCCCUAUCAUGUCUGCUGCUGCUGCUGAUUCUGUUGUUUCCAGUUCUGUAAUGGUGAAAUUGAGGAUCAAAUCUGUUCUUGAGAAAAUGUGGAGUCCACAUAUUUCUCUGGUUCAAUUCUGGGCACCCAUCAAGGUCAACGGAUCGAAUUUCCUGUCCACUGCAGAUCAACUAUUUGUUUUCAGUAAGGAACUUGAUAAGAGGUUGUGUUCAUACAGGAGGUUCUGUCUCAAUACUUUGAUUCCAAUUGAUGAGUACAAGGAAGGUCUACUUGGACGAGUUUCCAAAAGUUGCUCGCCAGAAUGUAACCCCGACCUCCCAAGUUACUCCGCUGCAGAGUUUCCACUGCUUCAAAGUGGAAUUCGAUUGGGAAUCCAUUCUUAUUAUGCAAUUCCAGUGUUCAACCUCCAUGAUCAGCGGUACCUUGGUGUACUUGAGAUUGUAUCUACAAAAUCAGCUCUACGUCUUCCCCAACUUAUUAAGGGGUUGAAUUCCAAAUCAUUUGGGUUGUAUAGCAUUUGUAACUCAAGGGACAUGCUUUUUGGACUUUCAGAGCCGCUGGUCGAUGAUAGACUUGUCGAACUAGAGAUCGGGUUAUAUGAGAUCCUUAAAAUACACAGUUUACCCUUUGUUCAAAUUUGGAUUCCUUAUUCUCAAUCCGGCUCUUCAAAAGUCCUGUGUUGUGCUGGCGCCUCCAUCUAUGAACAUUCGAGUUCAAUGUAUCAUGAGUUUGAAGAUGUUUCUGAGGCCUGUUUUAUUGAGAGCGGUAAGGCAUUGGUCGGGAGGGCAUUUGCAUCCCAAGGUUCAUGCUUUUGCAAAGAUGUUACUCUAUUAAGCUUCAAUGAAUACCCUUUGGUGCCUAGUGCACGAAAAGCUAGAUUGACCCAGAGUUUUGCAAUUUGUUUGCAAAGCAAAUGUGCCAACAAUAUUGUUUCUGUGGUUGAGUAUUUUCUGCCACUCAAUGAAAUGGUUGUUGGAGAUACAAAGACUUUCUUAAAUACGCUUUUAUCCACAAUGAACGAACAACUUCCAGGUUUCAUAGUUGCUUCUGGAAAAGAACUAGGGCAGAGGAUGCUCGUUGAAGUUGUUAAAGUUUCCCUGAGUGAUGAACUUGACUCCUUUGAAAUUGGCCAACCUCUGCCGAGUGUUCAAUUACAUCAGGAUGGAGGGGAAACAACAGAAAUCGGCCAACCUCUGCCGAGUGUUCAAUCACAUCAGGAUGGAGGAGAAACAACAGAAAUUGAUUAUUUUUGUGAACAGUCAAAUUUACAGAACAUGGAGAAUAAUGUUGCUGCUGCACUACUGGUUCCUUCUUGUUCAUCACUCAAGCGCGACUCACUCAACUGUGAGCGGACAGUGGAGGUUUAUCCGUUACUUCCUCAUCCAAUAGAGGAAGCUGUGACAAACAAUGGAACGGUUAAUGUGGAUGUAGCACAUGAUGACCACAUUGAGGAUACAUUUGAAAUGAUGCAACUUGGUUCACACUUUGAGCAACCAAAUUUAAAAAUUAAUUAA